AUACAAUCGAUUAUUUGACUAUCGAUAUAUAUGUGUGUGCACACACUGUUUCACACAUCACAAGCAAACACAUUUUUUGAUUUAUUGAAAUUUUGAAGAUUUUUUUCUUCGAAAUUGUGAUGAAAAAAGCCAAUUUUUCCCGAAUAAACGAAUAAUUUGAAAAAAUGAUAACGGAAGCAGAAAAUGUGGCCGAUUAUGUCCCAUCAUUCUAUUAUCUAUUUACAUUGUUGCCGAUUUUUCUUGUGAUAACAACACCGACAGUAGCCGGUUCUAUUGUAACGGCAACUGGUAUUGGAUCAUCAUCGAAUCUAUUACAAAAUCAAUAUAUUAUCUAUCGUGUACAUCAGAUCGAUAUGCCUUAUGGUCAUUUUGGUUCACGUAGUUCAACAUUCAAUCUUGAAGCAUUAACUCCGGAUCAAUUAUUAUCGGAUAUUUUCAUACGUAAAUGUGCAUUAUUCAAAUGGAGAGAUUUAUUCCGGAAAAAUUUUCACGAUAUUUUUAUCAAAAAAAUUCUACAAGAAUCAUUAGUUGCUGCAGUGUUGAUUAUAUAUGAUGAUGAUAUCAUUAAUAUAAAUAAACCAUUGACAAUGGAUGAGCUAAAUAAAUGGCAAAAUAUUGAAAAACGAUUAAUGACAAAUGAAACUUUAUUGCCAAUUUAUUUUAUUCAAGAAAAUAAUGAUAUCAACAGAUUAUAUGAAGAAUUAAUGGAAUCAUCAUCAUCAUCAGCUGAAAAUAACAGCAAUAAACAACGUGAAUCAUCAUUAGGUUCAAAGACAUCUGCGGCUGAAAUGAUUUUACAGAAAAUAUUUUUCGAUAGCUAUCAAUUUGUUGUGAAUGGACCACCGAUUACAGUAAUCAAUAAUCCGAUUGUAACAAAUUUUCAAACCAAAUUAAUUGGUGCCGGUAUUGAAGAUCAAAUACCAACAUAUGUAAUUGUUUCACAUUAUGAUAGUUAUUCAAUAAUCCCGGCUCUAACGAAUGGUGCCGAUUCCAAUGCUAGUGGUGUGAUCAUAUUUCUAGAAUUGAUGAGAUUAUUUUCAAAACUUUAUUCAAACAUAAAAACUCGUCCGAAAGCAAAUCUAGUGUUUUUAUUGUCUGGUGGUGGUAAAUUGAAUUAUUUUGACAAAAAAUGGUUGGAUGAUAAUUUUGAUUCAUCAAGAUCAUCAAAUGGCGAUUCAUCAUUAGAUAAUAUACAAUUUGCUUUCUGUCUGGAAUCAUUGGCCGAUACAAUGAAUGAAAAUAGUCUAUUCAUGUAUGUAUCGAAACCACCGAAAUCUGGAACACAAGCAUCAUUCUGGAAUAAUCUACAAGAGAUAUCAAGUGAUUAUCCACAAAUAAAUACAACACUUAUUCAUAAGAAAAUUAAUCUAGCCGAAGAUUAUUUAUACUGGGAACAUGAACGUUUUAGUCUGAAACGAAUAUCUGCAUUCACAUUGACAUCAUUAUCAACAUCGAAGAUUAUUCAACGUCGAACAAUGAUUGAUGCCAUACAACAAAAUGAUGAACAACAACGAUUAAAUCAUAUUGAAAAUUAUAUCAACAUUAUUGGCGAAUCAUUGGCCCGUCAAUUAUACGGUCCAAUCAAAGAGAAUCUUUUAUCCGGUGAAUAUUCCGUAUCACGACAAUUUAUUCAAUCAAUUUCGAAACAAUUACAUAAUGUUCCACGUACACAGAAUCUAUUGUUUACAACACAAAAAGAUGCACAAAAUUAUCAAUUACCACCAUUGUUGAAAACCAUACAAAUGAUGAUGAAAAAAUAUUCCGAUGGUAAUGUACGUACAUUACAUUAUAAAGUUGAUUCGAAAAAUCCGGAAUUUGUUUUCUAUGAACCGGUCGAAACACGCUUAUUCAUUUACAAAACAAAACCAGCCAUAUUUGAUCUGUUCAUAACGAUGAUCGUCGCUAUUUAUCUGUUUGCCUUUUUUCUUGUCAUCAAGUAUUACAAUCAUUUAAUUUCAUUGACAAGGAUUUUGACAAUGGUAACAACAACAUCGAUGGCUAAAGAAAAGGCCCAUUCAUCGUGACUGAAAUCAAUUUUUCGUUGUGCAAAUAAAUAAAUAAGCGAAUUUAUUCAUAAACAAUUCGUCACAUUGUCAUCAUAAUAGUCUGUUUGUUUGUAUAUGUAGCCAAGAUGAUAUAUAUUGUAUCAUGUAGAAUCUAUAUAUAAUAAAAAGAAUUUUACAAUCCUGA